ACCGUUGGGGUUUGAAUUUUCCCUAGAAAACAGCGGCAGAUGACAGCAGCCUGUUGCGCUGGAACAUAUCGCAGACUAACUUACUUCACCUCAUCUGAAAACAGCUUUCUGGAUUUCAACUUCGAACGCUAUCGUUGACGAAAAAUGUCGAAGAAACAGAUUUUCUACUCUGACAAGUACAACGACGAGGAGUUCGAGUACAGACAUGUUGUGCUUCCGAAGCAGCUGUCUAAACUGGUGCCCACCUCCCACCUGAUGACAGAAGAAGAGUGGAGAGGACUCGGUGUGCAGCAGAGCCAGGGCUGGAUUCACUACAUGAUCCACAAACCAGAGCCACACAUACUGCUUUUCAGAAGGCCUCUUCCGAAGGAUUGAAUGGGAACCAGCUGUAAAAUACCUACUAUCUUCGUUGCUGUUUUCUGCUUUCUUUUGACCAUCUCUCCUUCAUUCAUCUCAACGUGUGUUCUAACGUAUUGUGUAGAAAACCCAUAGGUGUAUACAUAUAGUGUGUGUUUUGUUUUUUCACAUUCCCUCAAUUUUUUAGAGGUAAUGAGAAACGACCGUGAAUGAUAACCUUUUGACGGUAUGGGGAAAGUCUGCCUGUCAACUGUACAUUUUUAGCACAUUUUUAAAAAAUAUCUUUUCAUGUUAUUUUGUUUAAACUUUAUUUACCGAGCUGUUGUACGAGCAUUGGGUUUUAUUUAUUUAGCCCAUGACUUUCUGUGUUUGUACAUUUUCUGUUCUUUAAGCUUAUGUUUGUACGACAUGCAUAUGUUAUUUCUAGAUAUUAUAAAUUUUGUCACUCAGUUAUGAUUGAUUCUUCAAGUUCUUUGUUACUCAAAGAACAAAAUAAAAUAUGUGUAUUCAUA